AUGCCUUCUCCCGCCAUCGCAAACACGCCGGGCCUGGCCUCAUUCCUGAAGUCGCUCAAGGCCAACCCCGUCGAGUCAUCGAUUGAGCACUUCAUAUCCCUCCUCAAACGCCGCCAGAUCCGCAACUCGAGGCCUUGCGCCAUCGCAACCGCCCAACUCCUCCGCCGCGUUGUACAAGAGUUCAAAGGAAAAGAUGCCGCCAAGCUGAUCCGCCGCAUCAAGGAAGUCGGCCACCGCCUGACGUCUGCUCAGCCGCGCGAAAUGUCUGUUGGCAAUAUUGUGCGCCGUGUGCUCGGCCUGGUCAGAGAAGUCUUGGAGGAAGGCGAGAGCGGCGCCGCUAUGAGCGACGCAGGCGUUAGCACUCCCGGCCAGCAAACACCACACGACUCGCUGCAGCGCCCCGGCCUGAACUCGACCAUUUCUACCUUCAGCCCGCUCAAGCAUGGCUCUGCCCAGCCCGCCGAUUUGACCCUCCACCUGGAGACUGCAAGCGAUUCAACCGACAUGUCUCACCGACCUCCGCUCCUCUCCUCCCACACUAGCUACGGCGGCUCCCUGUUUGGUCUAUUCUCCCAGCCCGAAACUGCCAAUGCCUCACCCUCCGCCACACCAGCUGGCGCAAGAACUCCCAGCGGCAAGGCUCCUCUUACUGCGGGGAAUCUUGCUGGCCUGGGAGAUUCGACUACCAAGAAAGAGGACCUAAAGGCCGAGACGCUGGAGGGCAUCAACGAGCUUCUGGACGAGCUGGAGCAGGUCGACGAACAAAUUGCAGAAUACGCACUGCAACACAUCCACUCGGACGAAAUCAUCCUGACGCAUACCUCAUCCAUGACCAUUCAGAAAUUCCUUCUGACGGCGGCGAAGAAGCGCAAGUUUACCGUCAUCCACGUUGAGGCCUACCCCAAUGAUAGCGACAAUACCCAUGCCACCGUUCUCACUGGACGCAAGCGCAACGAGGAGGACGAGGACAGCGACGAGCGCUUUAAGCCGCUGACCGCCGCCGGCAUUACCGUCAUCUUGAUUCCCGAGUCCGCCGUCUUCGCCAUCAUGUCCCGCGUCAAUAAGGUCAUCUUGGCAACCCAUGCUGUCCUUGCCAAUGGUGGCCUUGUCGCUGCUGUGGGCGCUCGCACCAUCGCGAAGGCCGCAAAGAUGCACCAGACACCCGUCGUCGUCGUCAGCGGUGUCUACAAGCUCUCCCCCGUGUAUCCAUUUGACGUUGAAGAACUCAUUGAGUAUGGAGAUGCUGGUGCCGUGGUUCCUUAUGACGACGGCGAUUUUGUUGAGAAGGUCGACGUCGUAAACCCGCUGUUCGACUACGUCCCCGCUGAUCUCGUCGACCUGUACAUCACAAACUUGGGCGGCCAUGCCCCUAGCUAUCUCUACAGGAUUGUGGCCGACCACUACCGCGCUGAGGAUGUCAAUCUGUAA